ACGAGCAUAUUAGCCAGUUAAUCUUUGUUGAGUGUUUGCUUCGCACUCUACAGUAUUUGUAUUGUUACAAAAUUUGUAUACAAAUAAAAAUUUUCAACAAAUAUGCUUUUAAAAGCUGUAUUCCUUUUCAGUUUGCUGGUUAUUACCAUGGCUCAACUAACAUUGGAAGAAAAAUGGACCAGUUUCAAGAACGAGCAUGGGAAAUCUUAUGAAGCCGAAGAAGAGGCCAAGAGAUUUGCAAUUUUCCAAGAGAAUGUGAAGAAGAUCGAGGAACACAACAAAAAAUAUGACGCUGGGGAAGUGACUUACAAACAGGGCAUCAACAACUUUUCGGAUUUGACUCCAGAGGAAUUCAAGAAAUUUUCAGGUGGCUUCAGAAUACCGAAUUAAUAUUUUUUAAAGUUAUACGUACAAGUAUGUCUUAAAAGUGUAUGUAUACUUAUAUAGUUUUAUAGAUGGCAAAAAUUGAAUUAAAUCUGUAACAAGUUAA